AUGAAUCGCUUCGGUUUGCUGUGGGAUGAGGCCGACAUAUAUUCGUUGUACGAAUGUGGAGCCACGUUGAUCGACCAUCAGUUCCUGAUGACAUUGGCAUCUUGCGUGACGUCAAGCAAGGGAUAUCCGAGAUACGUCGCCCAGAGCAAUGCAGAGCGAGUAGCCAUCACAGAUGUGUACGUGUCGCCAAAGUACCGUCGAGAUAGUCCUGCGAACAACAUUGCAUUGAUAAAGAUUGAGAAAUAUGUCAACACCAAUAUGUAUCGACCAGCAUGUCUUUGGAAUCGAAAUAUCGACGGAGAGUGGUCUGGUGAUUCCAUUUUCAGCGCAUAUGGACCAGCUGUGACUUAUGAGCCAGGAUCGAGAUCAAACGAUAUUACUAUUUUCGUCAGGGAGCCAUUGUUUUUUGAGACUCCUCCAAGCGAUUAUAACGAAAGAACAACACUGCGGGAUUGCCCAAAGCGGUUUUACUCCAACGUUGGUGACUUUCUUAGACCCGUUGGAGGCCUUGGAGGGGUGCGAGCGUAUCGUGGAGAGUUCCAACAUAUGGUUGCCAUCGGUUGGACACGUUCCAAUAUAUCUGUACAAUAUCUCUGUGGUGGAAGUUUGAUAACCAAUAAAUUUGUGCUAACCGCAGCACAUUGUGCGGCAGAUUCAGAAAACAUCCCUCCCGAUACUGUGCGCAUCGGUGAUACCGACCUCGGGAGUCCGGAAGACGAUAACUUUGCUCAACAGAUUAAGAUCGCGCGAUUCAUUAAACAUCCUCAGUAUAGGGUCUCGAAGGCUUAUUUUGAUGUAGCGCUCAUAGAGCUACAAAGACAGGCCACAUUUUCAGACGCUGUCUGCAAAGCAUGUUUGUGGCGAGAAGAUGAUGUUCCCCGAGAGCGGAUGGAUGCGAUUGGCUUCGGGGCGACAGGCUUUGGCGAGGCGCUUAGUCCAACACUACAGCGCGUGGAGCUAGAUGCGAUCGACCGAAGCAAUUGUACUAGUAGAAUAACAAUAAAUCGUCGUCGAAUGCCAGACGGAUUCCGGAAGGACCAAUUCUGUGCUGCAAGCAGCAAUAUGGACACUUGCGAAGGAGACUCUGGUGGGCCAAUCGGUGUGAAGAGGGUGGAUGUCGGAGGAGCAGAGCAUGCUCUAAUAGUUGGAGUAGUAUCUUUCGGUACUCCAUGCAUCGUUGGAUCCACCGGCGUUUAUAGCAAGAUAAGCGAAUUCGCGGACUGGAUUGAACAGGUGACGAAUACAUCAUUUGCUUAUUCAGAAUGCAUCAGGUCAUCUUAUUGUAUAGGGCGAGUUCGGAAACAUAUUCCUGUGGAGUUUGGUGACAACUACGCCAUGAAUCGCUUCGGUUUGUUGUGGGAUAAUACCGAGACAUCUUCGUUGUACGAAUGUGGAGCUACUUUAAUCGAUCAUCAGUUUCUGAUGACAUUGGCAUCCUGCGUGAUGUCCAGCAAGGGCUAUCCAAAAUAUGUUGCCCAGAGCAAAGCAGAGCGAAUAGCCAUUACAGAUGUGUACGUGUCGCCAAAGUACCGCCGAGAUAGUCCUGCGAAUAACAUUGCAUUGAUAAAGAUAGAGAAAUUCGUCAAUAUCAACAAACUCCGGCCAGCAUGUCUUUGGAAUCGACACAUCGACGGAGAGUGGUCUGGUGAUUCUCUUUUCAGUGCCUAUGGACCUAUUGUGACCUAUCAGCCAGAACGUUUGUUGACAAACAGUACUAUUUUCGUCAACGCUAAAGGUCAAAGCACAUGUGACAUGGACAAGACGGAUGCAAGUGAUGUGUUUUGCUAUAAGAACAGUGUUAAUUUGGUACCUGGAUUUUGUGCGAUGGACUAUGGUGCACCGGUCAUAAACGGUACGUUAUGGGGGCAGUCCCCUGUGUUUGCUUAUGGUCUAGUAUCAACAUUGAGUAAAGACUGUGGAUCAAACUUGUAUGUGACCGAAGUGACACCCCACAUUGAAUGGAUUGAGUCUAUCAUCAUCCGCAGGCGCGACCAGUAUCUUGUGUUUUCAGAUUGA